AUGGGAAGGCCAGAAAUUGUUUGGGAGCAGUGUUAUAGUGUAUUGUCCAAAGACAUAUUGUUCACUCACCGAAGAAGUUUGCAAUGUCUAGAGCUACAUCUUUCUGAUGAAGAAAUCAUGAACAUGACACUUUCAAAGAUCGAGGAUAAACUUCAAGCAAAUGGUGUUCUUGAUGACAUACAAGACCCCAUUAUUAUGGAUGAACUGAAUUUUGACCUUCAAGCUCUCAAAAUUUACUUAACCGACAACCUAGCUAAGAUGAACAGAGAUCAAAAGAUAGCAUUUGAAACCAUUAUUCAUGCAGUUGAUAACAAUGCCGAAGGCUUUUUCUUUGUGUAUGGUUAUGGUGGUACUGGAAAAACAUAUCUAUAUAAUACCCUAUCAGAUGUAAUAAGAAGCAACCGUGGCAUCGUUCUUAAUGUUGCAUCCAAUGGAAUUGCCUCGCUGUUGCUUCCAAAUGGUCGAACAGCUCAUUCAAGGUUCAAGAUCCCACUUGAUUUGAACGAGGAUUUUGUAUGUUGUAUUAAGCAAGUAAGUGACGAAGAACUUGAAGAAAUUAGUAAAUUUUCAGAAUGGCUAUUAAGUAUUGGGAAUGGCUUGGCCGGGGAUUCCACCGAUGGAGAGUCGGAGGUACAAAUUGACGAACAGAUUUUGAUUGCCAAUGCAGACAAUUCAUUUGACAACAUGGUUAAUUUUGUGUACCGAAACCUGUUGUCCAAUCUAAACAACAUGACAUUCUUUAAAGAUCGAUCAAUACUAGGUCCUACAUUGGAAGUUAUCAACGAGGUAAAUGUUACAAUAAUGGAUCGAUUAGAAGGAGAAGAAAAGUUGUACCUGAGCUCGGAUACUUUGUGUGUGGAGGAAGGAAACUUGGAGUCAGAUCUUGACACACUUACACUAGAUAUUCUUAAUGCCAUUAAUUGCUCAGGAUUGCCUCCGUACAAGUUGACCUUGAAAGUAGGUAUACUGGUCAUGUUAUUAUGUAACAUUGACCAAUCCAACGGGUUAUGUAAUGGUACAAGACUACAGGUGAGGAGAUUAGGCAGCCACAUCAUCGAAUGUGUGACAUUAAUAGGGGACAAUGUAGGUCAAGUCGUGAUAAUCCCGCGCAUGAACAUGAUCCCGAACAACCAAGCUUUACCAUUUAGGUUUCAACGAAGACAAUUCCCAAUCAUUGUUUCAUUUGCAAUGACGAAUAAUAAAUCUAAAGGGCAAACGCUAAGCACAGUUGGUUUGUACCUUCCAAGGUCAGUGUUUAUCCAUGGUCAACUCUAUGUCGCGCUAUCAAGAGUAAAGUCCAAGAUUGGACUAAGAGUCUUAAUUCAGAAGAGUGAUUACAAUCAGCAAAUAAAACUUUAA